AUGUAAGGAUCAAUGUCUUUAAUUGAUUUUUGGUUAAAAUCAGAAUUGAAAGGAAAUGAGGAUACAUGGUUACAUUAAAUUACAAUGUAUUUUAAUAAUUCAUUUACUGAUACUUUACUAUAUCUAACUUUAUUUGCCUUAUUAGUUACUUUUGUUAGAGCAGCUUUAUAUGUUUCAACAGCAUUGAGAUCAGCUUGGGUACUUUUUGUUAAGUAUUAUUUUUAUUAUAUAUUUUAGAUUGAAUAAGGUUUUAAUGUAAUCUGUGAUGAAAUUUUAUGAUAAAACAAAUGCUGGAAGAAUAAUAAAUAGAAUAUAAGAUGAUACAUAAAUGAUUGAUGAUGAUUUAAGUUGGACAUUUCAUUGUUUUUUAGAAAAUGUUAGUAGAGUAACUGGUUUAUCUAUAGGUUUAGUUAUAUUGGAACCAAUAUUUGUAUUAAUAUUAAUAGGAGUUGUAGUACUUUAUUAUUAAGUCAGUAAAAUAUAUAUCAAAUCAAAUAGAGAAAUUAAAAGAUUAAAAUCAGUCAAUCAAGGAUCUCUAUUAUAAACAGUUAAUGAAACUCUUACUGGAAUCAAAAUAAUAAGAGCUUUUGAUAAAAAUUCUUUAUUUUGUUAAACUUUUUAGAAUAAAUUAUAAAAUUGGGUUAUGACAGAUUAAUGUGGAGAAAGAUCAAAAUUAUGGUUUGGAGUCAGAUUAAAUUUGAUGAGUAAUUUAAUUCUUAUUUUUGUAUCAAGUUUUGUAAUCCUUACAAUAAUGUUUGAUUUUUCUGAUGAUUAUUCAGUAUAAGCAUUAGCAAUUACUUAUUCAAUGGUAGUAUUAGAUAGUUUUUAUGAUUUAUUUUCUUUAUAUUUAAGAAUGGAAUCAGGUAUUGUUUCUGUAGAAAGAGUUAAAUAAUAUUUUAGUAAUGAAACUGAAAAUAUUGAUAAAGUUUAAAUACUACCAAAAAUUGAUUUUGAUAUAUGGAAAGAUGUUAAAGAAUUUACUGAAUUUAGAAUAGAAAAUGCAGUUACAUUUAAAAAUAUAUAUUUAACUUAUGAAAAUGUUUCAGCUGAAGCUAAAUUUGCAUUAAAAAACUUCUCUUUAACAAUAAAAAAAGGAUAAAAAAUAGCUUUUGUUGGAAGAACAGGAUCUGGAAAAACAUCUAUUUUAAAUAUCUUAUUUGGACUCUAUCAUCAUUAAUAUGGAUAGAUCUUUAUAAAUGGAAUGGAUGUAAUCAUUUAUAUAUAUAUCUUUAUUAGUCAUCAAAAUUAACAUUAAGAGAAUUGAGAUCAUAAUUAUCUGUAGUACCUUAAUUUGGAUUUCUAUAUAAUGCAAGUGUUAAAGAUAAUUUAGAUCCUCAAAAUAAAACAACCAAAGAUGUUAUUGAAAAAUUAUUUAUUGAUACUGGAUUUUAAUUAAGAGGAAUUAAUAAUACUAAUAAUAAUUCUUGUAAUGCAGAUUUUAUUAUAUCAUAAAAUGGAUCCAAUCUAUCAAAUGGAGAGAAAUAAGUAUUAAACUUUUUAAGAAUUGUUCUUAUGAAUAAAGAGAUAAUUUGUUUAGAUGAAGCAACUUCAAACAUGGAUCCUAAAACAGAUUAAGUAUUAUUAUAUACAAUUUAUUAGUUAUUACAUGAUUUAUUAUUUAAAUUUGCUGAAAAUAGAACUUUAUUAGUGAUUACACAUAGAUUAGAAAAUAUUAAAAUUUAUGAUAAAAUUGUAGUUAUGGAAUAAGGAGAAAUAGUUGAAUAAGGGGAAUAUUAAGAAUUAAUCAAAAUUGAAGGUGGAUUUUUUAAUAAAUUAAUGAGUCAUCAUUAGAAACAAAUUAAAGAUUGA